AUGGCUCCAUCUCAAGAGACACCCCUCAAGUCUACCACAGACAGUCUCCAUCUGGAGCUCAUGUCCCAUUGCCUCCAGCUCACCUUCAACUGUAUCCCAUCACCGACAGCCUUCAACGUCGGCUCCAUAGUCUUCCUUCCCUCCUCGUCUCCCUUCUUCGAGCACCUUAUCCACCACUUCCAAGCGUUCCCCAAUGACACCAUCUCUGAUCCGACAGGAUUGAUUCUAGGAGAGGGAUGGUCGAGACAGAUCCCUGGAAACACCCAUGCAGAGGCUAAUGCGCUCGCGAAUCUAACAACGAGGUGGGAGCAUCUGUUAGACGGGCAUGAUGAUGCCAAACAUCACUUCCCUGCCCUCAAAGAUGUUCUCAAGGACUCGGUAUGUUAUGCCACCAUGGAGCCUUGUUCUGUCAGAACAUCCGGCGGACCGAGUUGUGCCCUGGAGCUCGUCCAGUCUCAUGUACAAGCAGUAUUCUUGGGUGUUGAAGAACCGCCAGACUAUGUCCAAUGCGAGGGUGUGCGCAUUUUGCAAGACGGUGGCGUCAAUGUGAUCAGGGUGGUCGGACUCGAGGAACAAUGUCUCGAAGCUGCCAGAAGAGGUCGAGGCGAUUGA